UAGACCAGUUAUUUGAUCAUUUAAUGCGUGACACAAAUAAUAAAUUUAUACAUUUUUAAAAUUAAUUACCUAUCAGAUACAAAAAUAUUUUAAAUCAAAGUCGAACAAUAAAGAUGUUGAGAUCUGUUAUGGUGUUCCAACUACAGGAAACGGCUGAUUCAUAAAUAAAGAGUAAGGCAUUAAAAUGCCAUUGGCAAAAGGAAAGUCACGGAAGUGGUAUCUAGUAAUCGUAGUACUUUACUUCGGCAUUGCUGAUGCUACGAUCGAAGUUAUUGAUAGUUUUGGAAAUCAAGUGGACAGUAUCAAAGAUAGAGAAUCUGCAUAUGAUGAUGAUUUUUUGACAAUAGAGGGUUUCAUAACAUUAGCAGAUCCACCAGAAGCAUGCACACCUAUUGCAAAGCCUACUUUCCUUACAAAUUUUACUAUGGGGAAGUUUGUUUUGAUCAAUGGAACUGAUAAAUGUGGAUAUAAAAUGAAGAUUCUUAAUGCUGAAAAUGCUGGAUUUGACUUGGCUGUUAUAUUUGAUCGAAUAUCUGCAUUUCAAUUCAUUCGUCCAGGUAUUCCUGGACUUGAAAAUAUUCCAGUUGUUCUUGUGUCCUUGGAAGAUGGUGUGAUUAUAAAAAACAACUACUUGUAUAAUAAUAGCCAUAUCUAUAAUUAUAAACUCAGAGUGAAACCUAAUAUUCCUGAUGUAACUUAUUACAUGUGGUUAUUUGGAGCUGUUAUUGGAGUCUGCUUCUUCGUUAUGCUCCUCUUCAUGAUGUGUUUGCUCAUUAAGUGUAUACAAGAAAGAAGAAGAAGUAGGCGUAAUCGGUUGUCUAGUCGACAAAUCAAGCAAAUUCCAACUGCUAAGUUUUCAAAAGGAGAUCAAUACGAUGUCUGUGCCAUAUGUUUGGAAGAUUACAAUGAAGGUGACAAACUUCGAAUACUGCCUUGUUCUCAUGCUUACCAUGCCAAAUGCAUAGAUCCAUGGCUAAUGAACAAUCGUAGAAAUUGCCCUUUGUGCAAAAGGAAGAUAACUUUUGGAGACUCUGCUGAUGAGAGCGAGUCUGAAGAUUCUGAACUGACUUCUCCAGCUGAAAAUACUCCCCUGUUAAUUUCACCUGCGCAUCGUGGCCAAACAUGGGGUACUUUUGUUAAUCCUGUGCUCACUGUUAACGGCAGAGAUGCAGCUGGACCGUCUUCGGUUCCUGAUGAUUUCCUAUACACAGAUAAUUCUUUGCCAUCAAGUGUUGCUCCAACUCCGAUUGCUGAAAACAUACUCUCAGAAGAUGAAUCUGAGAGUCUGUUACCUCCUCCGCAUCGUUCUGUCAAUAAUGGUAAAAAUGGUGAUGUGGCUUCAGAAACUCCUUCGACUGUUCAGGUGAACUUUAAUGAUGCGGAUAACAACUCAUCUAACACAUUUCAUGGCUUAUCUGUGUAAUUAUUUUCAAUUUUUUAAUGAAAUAUUUUAUAUAAAUAACUUUUCUAUAAGCUUUUUUCACUUUUGCCAUAUGGAAUGGAGGCUGUAUUCGUAGAUGUAUAUGUGAGACCAUUGCUAAUAAUGCUGGCAAAUAUGUAUUCCAAGCUAGCUAAUUUGGAAAGCUUAUAGAUGUAAUUGCUUUUAAUUGCCAUUAUAAUGUAUAUAGAAAUUGGAACCUUUUUUUUCUCAAGGGAGGAUUGUAAAUAUAUAUAUACAGGUGCAUCUGUUGACUUGAGGCUAUUUGUUAGUGCUCAUAUUGCUUAUUGUUAUUGUAUUGAUUUCUUGUGCAAAAUAAAAACAAUCAUUAUUUUUACUAUGCCUUUUUUUUACUAAGUCAUGAAAAAAAGUUCCACAUUAAAUUCAUAUUUUUAAAUACCUUCUUAAAAAGAAAAUUAAGAUAUGAUAUCCUUGUAUCUUUAUCAUUGCUAUUUUUUGAUGCAGAUAUCAAAUAUUAUGAUAGAAUUCAUAAUACGUUAAUGCUUACAUACUAAUCAUAAUGAACUUAAAACUAAUUUCAUUGUGUAUGGAAUCAGAUUUCUAAACCUGUGAAAAAAUAGAGAAUAUGUAUUUUUCCUUUUUGUGACUUCAGGAAGUCCUGAACAUACGUUUCACUUUAGUUUACUAGUUUUUAUUUAGAUGUAGUCCCGGUGACUUUUAUUUUAAUAACUCUGAAAAUA